GACCCGCGUGGUCAGGAACGAGCUCGCAAGCUCGGGCGCGCGAGUAGCCGGGGGCCGGAGGCCCCUAUCGUAGUAUAUAACGACCCCGCGCGAUCUCGUGGACAAACGCGCUCGCCGCGCCGUCGCACCGGUUGUUCCAACACACCGCCCACCACAGGCUCACUAUUUGGCACCCGAGCACCACGCGCAGAUCCAUUGUCUGUGUAA